AGCGUUUAUGUCACAUAGCAGGAGAUUUGUGAAAAAUUAAAAUGUCCAGAGGAUCCUGAUCUUAUCGAAAACCUUCCUCCACCAACAAGCUGGGGAUUAGAAGAAAGGCUUCACUCGUCAUCUGCCACAGAAACUGUUCACAUCUCACAUGUUGAAGAAGAAGCCCCCCGUCCUGCGGCACUUCCUGUCCCUGGUUUCCAGACGGGCCAGUCACCUCGCCAGGCAGCAGUAUGAUGUCAUCGUGGUGGGUGGCGGUCACGCUGGGACCGAGGCGGCAGCAGCCGCAGCCAGAGUGGGAGCGGAGACUCUCCUGGUCACGCAGAAAAUCAACACUAUAGGUGCUCUGUCCUGCAACCCGUCCCUGGGAGGAGUCGGGAAGGGCCAGCUGGUGAGGGAGGUAGAUGCUCUGGACGGGCUGUGCGGUCGAGCUGGAGACUGGGCCGGGAUCCAUUUCUCCAUCCUGAAUCGCAGGAAGGGUCCCGCUGUGUGGGGCCCGAGGGCCCAGCUGGACCGCCAGCGCUACAGGGAAUUCAUUCAGUCGGAGCUGCUGUCCACUCCCAAGCUGACGGUGUUGGAAGGUUCAGUGGAGGAGCUGCUGGUAACAGAACCAAACGCAGAGGAGCCGGGACACCACCGAGUUACUGGGAUACGUUUGGUCAAUGGAAGCCACCCGAUCUCGGCGAGCUCAGUGAUUCUUACUACUGGUACUUUCUUGUCUGGCUCCCUCUUCAUGGGCCAGACCACGUCCCCCGGGGGUCGGAUUGGAGAUGCUCCAUCCAGCGCCGGGCUGUCCCACACGCUGAGGGAGAGGCUGGGGCUGAGGACAGGCAGACUGAGGACCGGGACACCGCCCAGGAUCCUGAAGGAUUCAGUCGACCUUUCCCUGGCUCAGAUUCAUCCUGCUGACAGUCAUCCAACUCCCUUCAGCUUCCUCAACAAGCACACACGCUGCAAGCCAGAAGAUCAGCUGCCUUGUUACCUGACCAGUACAACUCCUGGUGUGGAGAGAGUGGUGAGGGAGAGUCUUCAUCUCAACAAUCACAUACAUGAAGACACCAAGGGUCCCAGAUACUGCCCUUCCAUUGAGUCGCGAGUGCUGCGCUUCCCCGGCCGGAGUCACCAGGUGUGGCUGGAGCCGGAGGGGGUGACCUCCGACCUCUUGUACCCACAGGGUCUGUCCAUGACCAUGCCCCCCGACCUGCAGCUCCGCCUCAUCAGAGAAAUCCCCGCCCUGCACAGAGCGGAGAUCCACACACCUGGUUAUGGCGUCCAGUACGACUUUGUGUGUCCCACCCAGCUGAGCCCUGCACUACAGGUGAAGAGCACCCAGGGUCUGUUUCUGGCCGGUCAGAUCAACGGAACCACCGGGUACGAGGAAGCUGCUGCACAGGGGCUGUGGGCGGGUGUGAACGCUGCACGCUGCGCCCUGGACCUCCCUCCCCUGGCCUUGUCUCGAACAGAGAGUUAUAUCGGAGUUCUCGUUGACGACCUGGUGAGCCGAGGCGUGACGGAGCCUUAUCGCAUGUUCACCAGCCGGGCGGAGUUCCGAACCUCGCUGAGGCCGGACAACGCCGACCUGCGCCUCACUCUGAAAGGGUUCGAGGAGGUGGGCUGUGUGUCCCCUCUGCGUUACCAGGAGGCUGUGAGAGUGAGGGACAGUCUGCAGGACGCGCUCGCAGCCCUGCAGACUCUCACCAUGUCCACGCACAAGUGGAGACACAAGCUGCCAGACGUCUGCAUAAGUGAGAACAAGAACACGACGCUGAGUGGCGUGGAACUGCUGCAGUACAACGACGCCUCCUUCGAAAUGCUGGCCUCCGCCUUCCCAGAAUCCCUUUCAUCUUACCUAGAGUUCUCACAGAGACUCAAGAUAGAGGCUGUGUACAAGCCUCACUGUGACAUGCAGAGGAAAGAGAUAGAGAGAAUUCAGAAAGAGGAGAACAUGUCUCUCCCGCAGGACAUUGACUAUUUAUCUCUGCCGGUGUCACUGUCCCAGGAGGUCAGAGAGAUUCUGGACAGAGUUCGACCCAGCACUCUGGGUGCCGCUACACGUCUGCAAGGUAUAACCCCCGCUGCAGUCGUCAAUCUCCUCCGCUACGUCCGCAACACGGAGCAAAAGGAAAGAAGAACGCACAGAAACCAGCCAGACCGAAAAGAAGAGAGAGAAGAGGAGCCGUUUGCACGAAAAGCAUCUCUACCUCAGUGAAACCACGACUCACAAACUGUCUUGUAAAAAAUUAUUUAUUCCUGUAAAAGUUACAAAUGCACAGUAUUUUGCGAUGACGCAGAAUGGAACAUUUUCAUGUCUCUGUAUAAAAAAAUAAAUAAACAUUCAGCAAUCUUCCA